UCAUAUUGUAUUAAUCUUUGUGCAUGUACUGUGUCUGGGGGCACAAAACCAAAACAUUCAAGUAAGCCCCCCACUUAAUCGUGUCACUUUGAAAAAAAAAGGGAGCUGAAAAUUUUCAAUUGAGUGGGCGCUCCAAAUUAUACGAUGCACUCAGAGGUGAUUAGUGUCACUUAAACGCCCAAUCUAGCUAGGAAAACGUCGCAGAUUAUUUCUUGUGUUCAUGUCGUGUUGUGUCUAGCCAUACUAGUGUUGUUGGUGUUGUCGUGCUCCAAGUUCAGGUUCAUUGAUGAGCUGACUCUGCGAGGGGAAAGAACUCUGUGUGUGACUGACUGUCUGACCCGCAAUCAGAUCUAGAUCUAGACUUUCGCCGCACAUCACACCAUCACACGCAAUGGAAAAAGAAAGAUUCUCGCUGCUGCUGCUCGAGCCCGGCGAGAUUUACUUUGAGGACUUUUCCGUGGACCUGCUGCUCCAGCCUGAUGAUCAGCAGUCGCAGUCCAAGUCGUCGUCGUCGUCGUUCCAGUCUUCGCUGAUUGGACGGCUGAAGAUGUGCUCCAAGUCGGUGGUGUUUGAAGCGAAGGAUGACAUCCGACAGCCCCUCGUCAAAAUCGCCUACAAGGACUGUCUGCAGAUCCGGCGCUGGGAACCGACCCGGCUGGACACAAUGGAAUGUAAUGUGCUGGCGAUCGAGUGCAGCCACUACACGGAGAUGCUCAACGACAACGUCGUGCAGCCGUACCAGCAAAAGGACGGAAAGGUAUUCCUGUUUAACUUUCACUACGCCAAACUGGACGAUUACAUCCAGCAACUGUGCCAACUUCAUCGGGCUUCGACGCUGCACGCGUACGAGCAAAACAGCAUGAUUGCGACGAUCGUCUUUUCGCGCCACAAUAGGGUAAAGUUUAACCCGCUUUGGCUGGAGAACCUGUACGAAAAGAUCAUUUGCGAUUACCAAGUGGACGAGAUAAAUCCUCUUGUGGUGAAUCCCGGCCGGCUGCUGCUGACGAACGCGUUCGUUUACUUCCAGCCGUACAACAACAUUCAACGGUACCCCGUUGUGAAAAUCCGCCUGAAAACAAUCCAGAGCUUCACCAAGCGUCGCUUCCUGCUGCGCCACGUGGGCCUCGAGCUGCGAUGGUCCGAUGGCACCGACCAGCUGCUGUACGUGUCCUUCCGUAACCAGACCGUGCGGGACGAUUUCUACGCCAAAACAACCCAGCAGGAUGAUUUUUCCGUCGUGGAACAAAUCCCGGAAAGCAUCACGCUCAAAUGGCAAAACGGGUUGAUUUCCAACUACGACUACUUGCUGUAUCUGAACAGCUUGGCCGACCGGACGUACCAGGACUUGACCCAGUAUCCGGUGUUUCCGUGGGUGAUUUGCGAUUACACCUCGGAAGAGCUGGAUCUGGGCGAUCCGACAGUGUACCGUGACCUUACGAAACCGGUCGGCGCACUGAGCCAGGAGAGACUGCAAAGACUGAAGGAACGCUGCGAAGAGAUGGGCGACGAUCAGAAGUUUCUGUACGGGUCGCACUACUCGGCACCGGGGCUGGUUCUGUUCUAUCUGGUCCGGAAGUAUCCCAAGCUGAUGCUGUGCCUGCAGAAUGGGCGCUUCGACCAUCCGGAUCGCAUGUUCAACAAGGUGGAGGAUGUGUACAGCAACUGCAUGAUCAACAUGGCCGAUUUUAAGGAGCUGAUUCCGGAGUUUUAUGACACCGAAACGGGCGGGGACUUUCUGGUGAACAAGAUGAAGAUUAACUUCGGGGCGCGGUUCGACGGAACGCCGGUGAACCACGUGCAGCUGCCAAAGUGGGCGAAGGGUUCGCCGGAGAAGUUUGUCGGGAUGCUGCGGGAAGCGCUCGAGUCGGACUUUGUGUCCAGCAAUUUGCACCACUGGAUCGAUUUGAUAUUCGGGUACAAGCAGAGGGGCGAAGAAGCGCUGAAGGCGGAUAACUUGUUCUACCAUCUUUGCUACGAGGGGUCCGUCGACCUGGAUCAGAUCAAGGACCUGGCCGCACGACACGCCCUCGAGGUACAAAUCUCCGAGUUUGGCCAAAUCCCGAAGCAGCUCUUCCGCACGCCGCACGUGUCCAAGCUCCUCAAGGUGGACUCACCGCUGGCCCACUCCGGCGGCAGCCUGUCCAUAGACUGCGAACUGCUCGUCGAACUGGACGCGCAAUACUUUUCCCACAAGGACGAGAUCACGUCGCUGCUGUUGGACGAACCGACGGCGAAUAUCUUCACCAGCAGCAAGGACGGCACGUUCAAGUGCUACAACCUGGUCGAGCGGCGCCAGAUCCGGAGCGUUCAGAUCAGCGACAUGCCGCUGUGCGCGAUCCGGCUGACGAGUGCCAAGGCGGCCAUUCUGGGCUGCUGGGACAAUAGCAUAACAAUCUACAACCUGGAUUACGGGAAAGUCUCGCAAGUAGUUCCAGCCCAUGACGAUGCGGUUUCGUGCAUCUCCUGUGUUCAGGGAAGUAACCUCCUGGUGUCCGGCAGUUGGGACUGCAGCGUCAAAGUUUGGAACAACUUCCACAUUGAUGCAGUGAUCGGCUACCUUCCGCUGGAGGACAAGAUCGUCUGUCUGGACACGUUCAAGACCGAAGACUGUCUGAAGAUACUCGUCGGAAGCGCCAGCGGUGAACUGUUCCUGUGGCAACUGCAGAUAACCGACCAAAACCGCGCCGUAGACUCCGAGGAUCACCGGUUGAUCCUGCAGCAUCGGGACGGCGUUACGGUGGUUCGAUUCAACCGGUCCUGCUCGAUGAUCGUAAGUAGCGGUGAAGAUCGCAUGUUCAACAUCGUAGACAUCGAGACGGGGAUGGUGAUUUUCAAGCGCGAAAUGCCGGCCGUUGUGAGUGCACUCUGCUGGGCCAAGGACGACAAGUAUCUGCUGAUGGGCGAUCGCGCUGGAGUGCUGUACGUGUGGAAUAUGCUCGAGGGCAUGAUCCAGAAAGAGAUUCGAGUACAUGCAGAUUGCAUUUACGGUGUCGGUUGCUCGCGCGAUGGCCAAAUCAUAACCAGUGGCAAAGAUGACCGGGACUAUUGUGUCAAAAUAUGGAAGAGUAAUUUGUAAGCUGUGUGGCGUAAGUAAGUUUUUCAAAGCAUUUUUUAAACUUUCCCAGUUUCUAAACAAACAAACAAAAGUUGGUCUUCGUGCGAAAAAAAACACACACACAAAAAAAGUCUGCCCGCUUUGUGGAGCGUCUAUUUAUUCGUGAUAUAUAUUUUUAAUGAAAUCGUUUUUUCCGUGUUAAAUUUUUACUACCUCUUUUACGUUUCGAGCAAUAAAAUUGAAUCUCGUUCAUCUGUUUAUCGUGA